CAUCGCAGCCCUGAUCCCAUUCCUCUCUGUGCUUUGUGUCCACAGGAAGGCGAGGAGGAGGAAUCACCCCGGGGGGAGAGAGUUUCCUAAGAAGUUUUUUGAUUUCUUCGGGCAUGCUAAAAACUUCCUGCUGAUCGACUUCUUUUUGCUCACUAAAUCCUCCUGCAGGAACAUCUUACAUUUCUCCAUCCCUUUCCAGGCAGUUGUCUUACUUCUCUGGGGGUGCAGUUUCAUCCACUGAAACCCAGCCACAUCCUGUGGGGAGUGGAUGGUUAGCCGUGGACCAUGGUCUCCAUCUGGUUGUUUUUACUCCCUUGCCUGAGCCUUGUGAGUGUGUCGUCGGCUGAAAAGGGGCUAGAGUUCCCUAGGUAUGACGGGAAGGACCGUGUUAUCGACAUCAAUGAUAAGAAUUACAAGAAGGCCCUGAAGAAGCAUAGUAUGCUGUGCUUGUUCUACCAUGAACCAGUGGCGGACAAUAAGGAGCUGCAGAAACAACACCAGAUGACUGAGCUGGUGCUGGAGCUUGUAGCUCAGGUUAUGGAGGAGAAGGACAUCGGGUUUGGUAUGGUUGACUCGCUCAAAGAUGCAAAAGUUGCAAAGAAACUAGACUUGGAGGAGGAGGGAAGCGUAUAUGUUUUUAAAGAUGACAGAGUGAUCGAGUUCGAUGGUUUACUUUCUGCUAACACUCUGGUGGAGUUCUUGUUAGACCUUUUGGAGGAGCCGGUGGAGAUCAUCGAAAAUGCUUUGGAGCUUAAAGCCUUUGAUAGAAUGGAGGAGGAUAUUCGUAUCAUUGGUUACUUCAAGAGUGAAGACUCUGAGCAUUAUGAAGCAUUUAAAGAAGCUGCAGAAAACUUUCAGCCAUACAUUAAAUUCUUCGCCACAUUUGAAAAAUCUGUGGCCAAGGAGCUCACCCUGAAGCUGAAUGAGGUGGACUUCUAUGAGCCCUUCAUGGAGGAGCCUGUCACCAUCCCAGGAAGACCUCACUCUGAGAAAGAACUGGUGGAGUUCAUUACUCAACACAGACGACCAACUCUGAGGAAGCUGCGUGCAGAAGACAUGUUUGAAACUUGGGAGGAUGACAUUGAGGGGAUACACAUUGUGGCCUUUGCAGAGGAAGAGGACCCUGAUGGUUAUGAAUUCCUAGAGAUCCUGAAGGAAGUAGCCAGAGACAACACUCACCUUCCUGACCUCAGUAUCAUCUGGAUCGACCCUGAUGACUUCCCCCUGCUGAUUCCUUACUGGGAGAAGACGUUUAAGGUAGAUCUGUUCAGGCCACAGAUUGGAGUCGUCAAUGUUACAGAUGCGGACAGCGUGUGGUUAGAAAUGGAGGAUGAGGAGGACCUGCCCACGGCUCAGCAGCUGGAGGACUGGAUUGAAGAUGUCCUUUCUGGGAAAGUAAACACUGAAGAUGAUGACAACGAUGAUGAGGAUGAUGAUGACGAUGAUGACGACGAUGACGAUAAUGAAGACGAAGAGGAUGAGGAGGAAGAUGAUGAUGAGGAGUAAUUUUCUUUGAAGUUGCCUCUUCCUACUUCAGUCCUCCUGAACAACUUAAAAAAAAGACUGAAUGAUCUGAAUCUCUGCCUGCUGGGCUUUUAAACUGGUUCAAACACACCUCUGUGAUAUAAUGUUAUAGACAAUGCUCAUGAAGGAUGUGGCAAUAAAUAUUUUCAAACUAUAACAAUACAACUGCUCAUGAAA